CCAAGCGUUCCCGCCGAGCGCAGAGCGGGCGCAGAUCGCCCAGCCAAGGGCGCCGCCCCACCCGAGCGUCGGAGCUCGCCCUACCUGCAGUCUCAGUGGACACCUGAUCCCCUGCUGUCUUUGUUUGAAAACCAAGAAGCAUUGUUGCUCUGAGUUACCAGCCCACAAUUUCUAGGGACACUGUCACAAAAAGACAAUGUCAAGUGCAUCCUCUUUAACCCUUGUAUGAAGCUGUGACUUUCAAUAUACUCCUUCGUUCUUUCACCCUCCCUCUCAAGAUGCCUGAACACGACCCUUCCUCGGGGCUGGCGGGCAGUGUGGAGAAUGGCACCUUCCUAGAGCUAUUUCCUACAUCGCUGUCCACCUCAGUGGACCCAUCCUCGGGGCACCUGUCAAAUGUCUACAUCUACGUGUCAAUAUUCCUCAGCCUGUUAGCGUUUCUGCUUCUGCUUUUAAUCAUUGCUCUUCAAAGGCUCAAAAACAUCAUCUCCUCCAGUUCUUCCUACCCAGAGUACCCAAGCGAAGCUGGAAGUUCCUUCACCAACUUGGAAGUCUGCAGUAUUUCUUCUCAAAGGUCCACUUUUUCAAAUCUUUCAUCCUGAAGAAAAUGGAAGAAUCCUAGAAUGCAACAGCUUAGGUUUUCCUAAUGGGAAGCAUCACAAGACAUGUUGCCUCCGGAAAGAAAAGACCUGUGUGAUUUUGACCCAUUUCCCUUCUCCUCCAUCUCUACUGUUUUUUCUAUUCACAAUGCUUUGUAUCUGAGUGGAGAAGCUGAUGCUGACAGAAGUGGGGGCAAACCUUGAGGUUCAGAAUUUCAUACCAAGCCCUGGAAAAAUCUGGAGCUGGCUUCUUCAGUGUGGUGGGCCAAGUCAUUUCACUUUGCUGGCUGCUGGGGGACUAGCUGGAGGCAGCCUCCCAGUGGAGGCUAGAUCUGGGCUUGUGCUUUAAUUCCCUGAUGAAACUGUGAGAUCAACAGAAACUGACAAAAUUAUGUCUGAACUGUUUAGAAGAUAUUUUCCCUAUUUAAAUGAGACAGUGGAGUCACUGAAUUAAGAAGAGAGGCAAUUUACAUUUAAUGUGUAACAUUUCUAAAACUGAGAGUAAAAUAUGCUAAAUGUUUAGUUUUAUUUUAACAUAUGAAGAUCACAUUUAUAGAUAGAUAAAAGUCAUUUGGAAAAGUUUUGAAGGAGUUUAACUUUCACUAGCAAGAAAAAUAUAUAUUCUGAUGCUGUUUGUAAUGUAUUUGUGCCUCCUGGGCUUUUUUUUCUACUUUAGUUGAAGUCAAAAUGCCCCUUAGUUGUGGAAUUCUUUGUGGCAAUUGCUGUUACUGUUACUAAGAGCAGCACCAGAAGAGAAACCAAGUUUUAUUUUAUAUCUGUAAUUUCUAUCUGCAGGAAUUAAGUAUAGGGAAAAGAGUCAUUUAGUCGUAUUUUAUGCAGUAAUAUAUUUCCUACAGUUGUGUCUGUUCCUUUAUCCCAUUUCAUGGUUCUCAUCAUUUUGUGCAGAAUUAUCAAGGUUCCAAUACGCCAGAUGUUUGUUCACCCUCGCCAAGUUGCAAAACCUAGAGAUUAACUUGCUAAUAUAUGUGUUGUUGUAUAUCCCAUAAAUGUUAUACAUCUCUGAUAAUUAGUUGCUGUAUGUCAACACAAUACUCUGCAUUAGGAUUCCAGGGUGUGAAUUUUUUUAAGAAUUGUAGACACGCAAGUUGUGUAGCUGCUGGGAGCUUUGGUGAUUGUGGGAGCUGCCAUGCUGUGGUCAGCCAAAUUCAUCUGAAGUUGUAAGGAGAAGCAAGUGGCUGUCCAUGAAAGGAAGCACACAUGUGAGCACAGACAUGGAAUUUCAUGAAGCACACAUGUGAGCACAGACAUGGAAUGCUGAGGAAGUCAUGCUGCUUCUAAAAACAAGAGCAAGCCAACAAACAGCAGCUUCCCAAAAUAAGACUUUCUAUUUAAUUUAGAAACAAAUGGCCUCAGGCACUUAACCUACAGAGGCCACUGCAUCCAUAUGGCAACCUGAUCGUUCCUUGUGCAAAACAUCUAAGACUGAAGCAGUGGAGCUUCAGCCCUGGCUUUGGGUGGGUUGUGCAGUCAGCACUCUCACUGGUGACUGUAUGGGAGAAAGAACCCACUGUUUUCACAGGACCUAUCUUUGUCACCCUGAAAUGCUGAGAAAGUUGAGGACCAGUAAGGAGGCACAGAAAGCUGCUGCUGCUUUCCAAUUCAUAAGCCUCACUUAAUCAGACCACAUUUAACUCUUUUAUAUCAAAAUUGUUCCUGCUAUUUUCUUGCUCCCAACAUGAAGCAAUGUCGUUGGAGUGCAAUUUACCAUUUUAGUGAAUGGUUCGACAUACACCAUCAUCAGAAUGAGAACAUUUUCAUUACCCCCAAUUCCCUUCUUGUCACUAUGUACUCAACUCCUCCUGCUACCAUCAGCCUUGGACAACCAUUUAUCUCUUUUCAGUACCUGUAAUUUUGCCUUUGUCAAAAUAUUUUUUAAAUGCAGCCCUACCAUGUGCAGGAUCUGCUUCAGUCUGGCUUCUUUCACUCAGUGUAAUGUCCUUAAAAUUCACUGAUGUCACUACACACAUCAGUCCUUGUUACUAAUUGGUCCCUAGAACAGUUGUACACUAACUGGUUCAUCUAUUAAUCAACUGAAGGACACUGGUUGUUACCAUUCUUUUGGUAACUAUGAAUAAAACUACCAGAACCAUUCUUUGAAGUCCCCAAAGACCAUAAUGCCAGCAAAGAAUUGCUGCCCCAAAAUAUAAAAUCAGUAAAAUGUUUGCCUCUGAAGGGUGACAAUGGGUUGGGUGACAUGUGACAUUGUGUAGUAUAGAAACUGGAGUAGGCCGGCGCUGUGGCUUAACAGGCUAAUCCUCCACCUUGCAGCGCCGGCACACCGGGUUCUAGUCCCAGUUGGGGUGCCGGAUUCUAUCCCAGUUGCCCCUCUUCAGGGCCAGCUCUCUGCUCUGGCCCAGGAAGGCAGUGGAGGAUGGCCCAAGUCCUUGGGCCCUGCACCCGCAAGGGAGACCAGGAGAAGUGCCUGGCUCCUGCCUUCGGAUCAGCACGAUGCGCCGGCCGCAGCGGCCAUUGGAGGGUGAACCAACGGCAAAAAGGAAGACAUUUCUCUCUGUCUCUCUCUCACUAUCCACUCUGCCUGUCAAAAAAAAAAAAAGAAAGAAAGAAAGAAAAGAAAGAAAGAAAAGAAAAAAGAAACUGGAGUAGAGAAACUCUUUUCAAUCAUUAUUAGUAUUCUUCCAAUUAAAAGUUGUGUGAGAAUGACAAAGAAUUACAAGAGGUAGCUCCGUUAUCACGCUGGUCUUUGAUUAAUCUUGUCCUAUUUUUGCAGUGGAAAGGGAAGAGGACACGGGUGAAGUGGUUUUUAAAAUCAAAGGACAAACCACACAAUAGGACAAUAUGAGUAGGAUCCCUCCUAAGGGAAAACUGUGUAGCUUUUCCUUCUGAAAGAGCUAUCCAGACUCUGACAGCAAAACUACUUUAAUAAAAUCAAAUCCAGUUCAAUCUGUAUACUGCUCCCAUCCCUCCCUGCCACAGAGAGUCUUACCCUCAGCAUUAAGUAGCAUAAUUGCAAGCAACAUUCAAAGACAUAAAAUGAGAUUUGUCAUUAUAAGCUUGCUAAGGUAACGAAUUGUAUAACUUGAGAUGAAUUUGUAAUGUUUAAGAGAUUCAGAAAGGUUGGGUUUAUAAAUAAAGAA